CUUGUUCGCUGGUAAACCUAUUAGGAUGUCUCUUCAAGAGUUUGCUCAUGUAACUGGGCUUAAUUGCAACAAGAUUAUCAAAAAGAACAUCAAAAGGAAGAAGAAUCCUAUUACAGAGAAGCUAUAUUGGGGUGAACUCUUUGGGUCUCUCAAGUUCUGUCCAGUUGAUGCAGCGAUAGAAAUGCUGAAAAAGAAGAAGGUUAAAGACCGCGAGAUGCGGCUGAAGUAUGCAUGUCUUGCAUUCACGUCAUGCUUUUUACUUCCGACAUCUCACCUCCCCCGUAUUAUCCCGGAGCACGUUGAAUUGAUUCGUGACUUCAGUGAGUUUCUUGCUUAUCCCUGGGGGAGAGUAACAUUUGAGAUGCUGGUAACUGGAAUCAAGAAGAAAGACGAAAUCUUACUCUCCCAAUCCAGCAUUGCAUUGCCUGGAUUCGUAGAUGCCAUUCAACUUGUAUUCAUGGCUGCCGUUCCUCAGAUUAAAGAGGUUGUCCCGCAGUCAGAACCUGUUGUUGUGAUUGAGUCUGACAGUGAAUCUGAGUCGGGAUGUAAUGACACUGAAGCUGAAGUAGAAGAAGAAACAGAUGCCCCAGCGCCACAGCCCAAGACGGUCUGAUACUAUGUCAACCCAACUCACGCCAGAGACCUAGAUGAGGAGGCAAAGACGGAGGUCAUAUCCAUGAUUGAGGAUACUACACACUCGCGUAAUCAGUUGGAGUGGGAUGACGAGGUCGACGAUGAGACUGUCGAUAACCUUGUCCGCCUAAUUCAAAAUGGCAAAGUUUUCAACAAGGCAAUGUUUGUUGGGGGCUUAACCGGCGUCGAUCUGUCUCGUAUGAGGGCUGAAAAGAAACAAAAAGAAAAAGAGGGUAAAGAUAAAAAGGAACCAGAGAGCCUACCCGACGUUCUCGCUACGGAUGCAGUUGACAUUGGUGCUUCCAGCCGUAUUGCAAACCUUAUUGCAGGCAUAAUUAACAAGAAAAUCGCGGAUGCUUUAUCAUGGGAAGCUGCAAAAAUCGAGCAGAGUCUUGGCAAAGUUAUUAUAGCUCAACGUGAGAAGAUGGAGGGUGCAGUGAUUCGGAGCAUCAUUGGUUUUCUUGGAAAACAAAUGUCUACCGCAGUGCGCGAGGAAGACACUAGUGGGAGAGGACAGAGCGGGGGAGAAAAUGUUGACACUGCCAAUUCUGCGGGACCGUUGCUAUCACCUAAAGAACAUGGAAAUCAAUCAGGUGGGGCGUGGUCGCCACUAACAAGGAAAGAGCCAUUGCUACACGGUGAGGACAACGAUAGCCAAUUACGAGCGGACGAGGUAAUAAACAAGGUGAUCAAUGAUGUUCAAGAGUUCUCAAUCCCAAAUGAUUUAACGGCAACAGAGAAUAGUCACAACCUCCCUUUGGGCGUAGCUACAGAUCACGAAAGCGUGGAACAUGUUGUGGUUACGGAAGUGGAAGGAUUUAACGUCACCCCCAUAGUAUCUCAGGAGCACACAUCCCGCAUUGCUCAACUGCCUACAGUCGAUGAAGAAGAGACACUAGCCGACACCGAGGUAUGCUCACGCCCAAAUUAGAUCAUAAACAUUCACGUAGUUGCUAAUUAAUUUUAGCUUGGAAGCUGAGUACAUAAAGUUACCAUUUUCCCAGAUCGAAUUCCUUUUAUCUCUGAUCGAAUUACCGUCAUUCUCACUGGGACUAUCGCAGGAGAAUGUCGGAGGCAUUGAUAUUAAACAAAGAAAAUCGGUCGCCCCACAUCAGACCUUUAUCAAAAGACUUCAUUCCAUUGGCCCCCUAAUAACCUUACACCUUCUCAUAUUGGCAUUUUACAGGUGGCAC